UCUUCACUGUUCACUGUUCAGUACUCAGCAGUAGGAUAGGAUCUGCCGAUCUGGUAGGAUUAGCAUAUAGCCUCACUGCUCACCGCCCAUUCACACGAGGCGAGUACUUACUAGAAAACGGCAAAACCAACUAAAAGCCUUGUUUCCAGUAGGCCCGAAGAAAAUGUUAUCUGCGGUUAAACUUGAGGUGACGAAUCUGAUGAGCAGCGAUUCUAGGGCAACAUAUAUACUUUUUGGGGACUCGAAAGUUCGAAACGUUCUCAAGGAUUUCUGUUUCGAAGGGAAUAUUAGUGAAGUGGAUAUAGUGACUAAGGUUCUCUUAUUGGGUUGUGGUGAUCUAAGAGAUGUUUUUUAAGCAACAACUUCAAAGAAUCCUCAAAAUUUAGAGAUUCAUCUCAGUAAUUUUCAUCCUUCUAUCUUGGCUCGAAAUAUCAUAAUUUUGAAAAUUGUGUCAGCACAUGAUUUCAAUCCUGAUAACAAUGAAGAUUUUGGUUGUGGGAUGUGUGGUACAAUAUCGAUUGGCCAGAUGAAACUAGGAAGAGGUUUCUUUCUGUUGUAAAGGAGUUGAUGAAUGAGAAAUUACCAGAUAGUGUAUCAAUUUCAAACAAUAGUCACCUUGAAAAAUUUAAGAGUUUGUGGACUACCUGGCAUUUUGUUUCCUCUAAAAACAAAACUGAUUCUGAAUCACUCUUGAGAAAAGUCUGGGGACAAAGGAAUCAAUGCUUGUUGGACGUGUGGGAUGUCUUGCAUCCAGGACAUUUACAAGAGAAAGCACAACAAACAAAUGCUGAUCUCUUCACUACCUCAGUAAAUGAACUGGCUGAGCAGUUUCUAAAUCAUGCAGAGUUCAUUGGAUUGGCUCCUUGUGUUCGAAAAAAGAUUUGAGUCAGAAGAACAGUACACCCUUAGGAUUGCCAUUGAAUGUGAUGGAAACGUUUCAGGAUUGAAGAUAUCCACUAACGAGCAGGCCCCCUGUGAAUCCUGCCAUGACUUCACAGUUUCAUUGACUUAACCCAGCAAAAUCAAACCGUUGUCGCUCAAAUUUCCAUUUCCGAUCCUUGCGAAAUAUGUUAAAGCGACGCUUCAUCCAAAAAGUCGAUUUGUUGUUGAAGAACUCUGCAGGAACCUUGGCCGUGCGAGUUUCACAACAAAAAGUCUAAAUGGAUAAUAGACGAUUUAGUGCCCUGGGAAAACGAGCCAUUCAACUCUGAAGAUAGAUUCAAGAAUGUGGAACACCAUCUGAUCGGUCAAUUUUUAUCGAAGGAUAUCAAGUCAGGCCAUUUACGUGAUUCAAAGAGUUCUGCUUUGGAUAACUUGCGCUUCAAGCUUGUAUUAUUGAUGUCCGGUGAUGCUGAAUUUGUCAGUUACGGUCGAAAUGACGAUUGGUACCUACUGAAACUCCAUCGGCCCCUUCUUACUUCCCCAACGGGAACUCCAAUUUUGCUGAUUACGGCUCUCCAUGAUAAUCUUACGCCAAAAUUUGGACCGAAAUUUUUUACGAUUAACCCAACUGUGCCUAAAAAAAAAGAAAUGGAUCAGUGUAAGAUUUUUGCGAAAGUUUUUCCAUUUGGGACACCCAAGGGCAUUAAGAUGGAAAUGGAUGCCGAGACCGAAGAAGAGUUUCAAUUGAUUCGUUUUCUCCUGCGUUUGAACUCCACUAGAAUCGAGCCCAGCAAAUGGCAGAAGAAGAAUAUUCCUCUAGGAGGUAGCAGUCCUUGGCUUGCUACUUUUUUUUCGCCUCUCUACCAGGAUUCCGUAUUGACGGAAAGCAUGGAUGAACCAGCUGAUGACGAGAAAUGCUGUGCCGCUUGUAAGAAAAUCCCUGAGAAGUUGAAGUUUUGCAGUCGUUGCCGUUCCACUGUUUACUGCAGUGUUGAGUGUCAACAUUCUCAUUGGCCAAUGCACAAACUCAUUUGCAAGAAAUUGUAAUUUGGUCGAAACUUAUUGCAGCUUAAUCCUAAAACAGUUUGUACCGGUACUCUGAGCUACCUGUGAGAUGUCGUGCCCCAUUAGCUCUAUAGCAAGUAGAGCACGUAAAAGCUACUGGCGGGGAGGAUCAUCCCGCUGGUUUUCGCGGUCUGGUUGAGGCAACAAACCUGUGCGUGAAUCAGUCUCGUGAGUGGACGACACCAGAUAACAAGCCUUAGGACUACUUCAAGGAAUUCUUGUUAAAAUCAGUCUCUUGUGCAAUCAACAUGCAGGAAUUCAUGUGUACGAGACGCAUUAUUCAAUUGGCGUUCAUGGUUUUGUUCCCCAGUCUGCUACAAGCUUCUUCCCUCUGGAUGUCCAACAACAAGCGCCGAAUAGAUUACGACCUGUGGACAGACCACACCUCCAACGUUGUGGAUGACUAUCAAUAUGUUGGCCAACAAAUUCUUUUCCUCGAAAAGCUCAUCAGCAAAGUGUCUCAAACGGCAGACAACAAACGAGUUGGAUACGAAGACUCGCAAACCGCUUGGUACAACGAGGUUCAUUCAAAUCAUCUUGAGAAUAAAAUUAGCCCAGAUUAUGACGACAAUGAAGAUAAAAAGUUCGAAUAUCAAAAGAAGAUAGUGCAGGCGAGUCUGAUUCUGGGUUCAGUUGGCUGGGCCUUUGGCAAAUUGGGUCUCAUUUCAGUCAUUUCGCCACGUGUGGUCGUGCAGGAUACCGCAACAUCAACAUCAAGUGCUUCAAUGCCAAUAACAUCAACAAUAUUGACCACUACUACCCCGAGGAACACUAUUAUUAAUAUAACACCAAGGAAGACCACGACGCCAGCAACAACAACUAAACCAACAACUGCAACAACUACAACGAAGACGACAACCAUUGCUCCAGUCACGUGUUCUACCACAACGUCCGAUGCAACUGGAACUUACAAAACGAUCCGAACUCCAGGGACACAAGUGACGCAGUGCCUUUCCAUCACAGUGGCUGUUGGCAGUAGAAUUAAAAUUACUUGCAGGGUCGUCUAUACGCAGUCCGGCACUUACACGGCGUUUUACGAUAACAGCGGCACAGCCAUAGUCACUACUUCCCCCGUCGUAAACCAAGUGUACACGACGACGGACAACACGCUGAUUAUCGAAUCCCUUGCCGACAGUUCCGCUUCCUCACCGCUUCGCUGCAAAUGGACAACUAUUCAAUAAAACGAACUGUAGAGCUCAAAGAAAACCUUUUCGUUGGUGCGUGAUUAUCAAGAUUCCAUUUUAAUUUUGCAUUAUCUUGCAGUCACAGUUAUGUCUUUUUUUAAAUGAAUAGUUCAUUAUGAAGUAGCAGGUGACAAAGUAUUUCUACAUUUAUUCAUGUUGGCAAUUACUCGUAAAAAAACGGGAAACAUUGAAAAAACUACUUUCCUAGUUAGACUCAUGACCCUCCAAAAGUUUUCCUCAGGUCAUGCGCCUUCCAAGUCCCCGUUCGACCAGAGCCCUCCUCAUCCUCCUGGUCUCACAGCGGGUGAGUGACAACCGGCGGGCGUUGGUUAGUGGUUAGU